CCAUGAACACUUGCAUGGUGGUGGUGGUGGUGGUGGUCGGGGGUCUCCAGUUGGUAGGGAGAUAUUUCGGUGCCGGCCCCCUCCUACAACCCCUCUGCCUUCCCUUCUUCCCAGUGGCCACACCUCUAGGCAGCAGCAGUCACCUUCAAUCACCAGUCCAAAAUAGCCAAGGGGGGCAGAACUAGUCACACUCCUCCGUGCUCGUCCACCGCACCCUCACCCUGUCACUGGACCCUCAGAUAGACAGCAGAGCUGAAGAGGAGCCACAAGAGCCAGAGGGAGGGAAGGGAAAUCAAAGGACAAACAACUAAGCUGAUACACGAGACACUUGGCCAAAAGUCGUGCAGAAGAGAGGCAAGAAAGUCACAAGGGGAGAGUUGAUGAGCAGAGGCGGGGGGGGGGCGGUUGAUGAUUGAAGUCAAUCAGUCUCUCGCACACAGCGACACACACACAGACCAAAGAGAAAAUAAGAGUGGGAUUCAAGACUCUUAGACAUGAAGUUGAGUGUGGCAUUGUUCUUCGCCGGCCUUUUCGGCGCUCUGGCCACUCUCGCCAUCUUGCUGUCUUUUGGCACAGAUUACUGGCUUGUAGCCUACGAGACGUGCCCGGAUCCGGAAAAUACGGGAACACCGGUGGAGCAGGGGGACAUGGUGGUGAACCAGGACGCUGCAGACCCCACAGUAUUUUACCACGAGGGCUUCUUCUGGCUCUGUUCUUUCACCGGAAGGCUAGAAGCUUCGGACGGAGAAAACCUACUGAAGUUCUGGUUCACCAAUCAGCCACACAGUAAAGAGUGCAAGCAUGCUUACCUGUUCCCCUACCCAGUCUCCGAGGCCUCACACAACGCCACCACCUACGACUCCGCCAUCAUCUACAGGGGCUUCUGGAGUGUCUUCAUGCUGGUGGGUGUGGCUGCGGCUGUGUUGGCUGGAUUCCUCCUCAUCUGUGCUGCCCCAUUCUCCAGUCACUGCCUUUACAAGGCAGGAGGUGGGCUCUAUCUGAUAUCAGCUCUAUUUCUGCUGGCUGUUACUAUCAUGUUUGUGAUUUGGAAAGAGGCCCUGGAUUUGGUGCCGAUGUACAAGGAGUACCAGAUAACCAAGUGUCCGCUCUUCGAGAUGUCCAUGGACUACGGCUUCUCCUUCAUGCUGGCCCCCGUGGGAGUGUUCUUCUGCCUGCUGGCCGGCCUGCUCUUCCUCCUCAUCGGACGCUCUGUGCAGAUGCAGUGCCGAUAAAUGCCUGCCUAGCCGUGGUAUGUGGAAAUGACACGACUGGUGCUUCACCGAUUCCUGCUUUGGUGGGUGGCCCUGCGAUUUACGACCUCAGACGACCCCAUUUGACCCCAGUGGUGCCGAUAUGCUUGCCAGAGCAUUUUCUUUACUCAUCAACAGUUUUAGCUGCCCUGCACCUUUGUGAAGGCCUAAUUCAAUAUCACUCCUGUACUUGAUCCACCCUUGCUGAGAAAACCUGAUAAGCUGGGGAUGUUUACUAGAUGAAUUCACAAGCACUGUUGUUACCACUGGGGAGGAUGAGCAUCAGUAUGAGUGUGAGGCUUGUGCCUAUUUUAAGUCUAUGGUUGGUUUGAAUGGGCUAGCAUGGUUUGGGAUCACAUGAUAUGUCUCUGGGCUGAAUGCAGAGAAGUCAGCCAAGCAACGUGUCUGUCACAACACAGUUGAUAGCUGACGGCAUUCUAUUUCCCACUAUCAGACCAUUUUAGAGCUUUGCCAUUGUUAUCACACUGUAUUAUUGCAUUUUGUGCAUAAAUUAAUAGAGCAUAUACGUCACUGUUAACAUUCAUUUUUUCCUCAAAGGCCUUUUCAGUACACAAAACAUUUUAUAUGUUUGUAUUUUAAGAUAUUUAUGACUUCUGGUGAUUAAAAUAUUACACACACAAA